AUGAGUCAGAAGCAGCUGGUUCAAGUUUUCGAGCAGUACCAGAAAUCCAGACUCCACUUUGUCCAAACGGUCGCUGAUCUCGCAACCAGGCCACAAAAUGUAGAACUCCUCCAGAAUGCAGGUGUGAUGCCCCUGCUGCGUCCCCUGGUGCUGGACGUGGUGCCCAGCAUCCAGCAGACUGCAGCUCUGGCUCUGGGCCGGCUGGCGGACCACAGCAACAGCCUGGCCGAGGCCGUGGUGGCGGAGAACAUCCUUCCCCAGCUGGUCCAUUCUUUGACCUCACAGAACAGAUUCUACAAGAAGGCAGCAGCGUUCGUGCUGCGCGCCGUGGCCAAACACUCCCCUGAGCUGUCCCAGGAGGUGGUGGGCUGCGGGGGCGUGGACGCUCUGGUCCUCUGCCUGGAGGAGUUUGACCCCGGGGUGAAGGAGGCCGCCGCCUGGGCUCUGGGCUGCGUCGCCCGACACGAUGCCUCUCUGGCUCAGGCUGUGCUGGAUGCAGGAGCUGGCCCCCUGCUGGUGUUGUGUCUUCAGGAGCCUGAGGUGGCCCUCAAACGCAUCGCCGCCUCUACGCUCAGUGACAUCUGCAAACACACGCCAGAACUGGCCCAAACCGUGGUGGAGGCCGGCGCCAUCGCUCACCUGGCACUUAUGAUGCUGAGCCGAGACGCCAAACUCAAGAGGCAGCUGUUCUCGGCCCUCAGCCAGAUCAGCAAACACUCGGUGGGCCUGGCGGAGAUGGUGGUCGAGGCGGAGGUCUUCCCCGCGGCCCUCGCCUCCCUCAGAGAUCCGGACGAGUACGUCAGGAAAAAUGUCGCCACCUUGAUGAGGGAGGUGGCGAAACAAACGCCGGAGCUGGCCCAGCUCAUCGUGAACUGCGGUGGGCUCGCGGCGGGGGUCGACUACCUGGGCAGUUGCCGUGGAAACCUGCGGCUGCCGGGGAUCAUGAUGCUGGGAUAUGUGGCAGCUCACAGUGAAAGCCUGGCCAAGGCUGUCAUUCUCUCUAAGGGCGUCCCCCAGCUGGCCUUGUGUCUGUCUGAGGAGUCUGAGCAGCACAUCAAGGCUGCCGCCGUCUGGUCCAUCGGUCAGAUCGGUCAGCACUCCUCUGAGCACGCCAAGGCGGUGGCCACGUCCAACCUGCUGCCCAAACUGCUGGAGCUCUACACGGACGCCAGCAGCUCGGAGGACCUGCAGGCCAAAAGUAAGAAGGCCCUGAAGAACAUCCUGCAGAAGUGCACCUUCCUGCAGGCUCUGGAGCCGCUCCUCUACGACGCUCCCAGCAGCAUCCUCAAACACGUCGUCUGCCAGUUCAGCAAGGUGCUGCCUCACGACAGCAAGGCCCGGCGUCUGUUCGUGACCAGCGGAGGCCUGAAGAAAGUGCAGGAGAUCGAAGCUGAGCCUGGAUCAGCUCUGCAGGAGUCCAUCAACACGAUCAACAGCUGCUUCCCCGAAGAGAUCGUCAGGUACUACUCCCCUGGUUACUCUGAGGUGCUGCUGCAGCGGUUAGACAGCUACCAGCCAGCAUGA